CCGGGGAAUCCUGCUCCCGGAGAGCGCCUGGCCUCGCAGAUCAGCUUGACUGUCCGAGGGCCCCCGCGCCGGGGGCAGCGGGGACACCCAGACGUCGCCAGGCCGGGAGGGAACCCGGAGCCGAGAGAGCCGAAGCCACCGCCUCCGCGCCGCCCCCGCGGACUGGCGAGGGCUCGGCGCGUCCUCACUCCGCCCGCCACCAGCCCCCGCGGUCCUGCCGUCCGCUCGCCCGCUCGUCUCCCGCGCGCCAUGCAGCCGCCCCCGGCCCCGCGCGCGUAGGCGCCCGCCGCAGGCCAUGCUGCCCCUGCUCGCUGCGCUGCUGGCCGUCGCCUGCCCGCUGCCGCCAGCCCGCGGCGGGGCCGCGGACACAUCGGGCCUCCUCGGGGCGCCCCCCAACGCCUCGGUCAACGCGUCGUCCGCGGGCGAGCCCGCUGCCCCCCGGCUGCUGGCCUCGGCGGCGCCCGGGGCUCCCGAGCACCCGGGCCCGGAGGAGGAGGUGGCGGCGGCGCCGUGCAACAUCAGCGUGCAGCGGCAGAUGCUGAGCUCCCUGCUCGUGCGCUGGGGCCGCCCGCGGGGCUUCCAGUGCGACCUGCUACUCUUCUCUACCAACGCGCACGGCCGCGCCUUCUUCGCCGCCGCCUUCCACCGCGUCGGGCCGCCACUGCUUAUCGAGCACCUGGGGCUGGCGGCGGGCGGCGCGCAGCAGGACCUGCGCCUCUGCGUGGGCUGCGGCUGGGUGCGUGGCCGCCGCCCGGGCCGCCUCCGGGCCGCCGGCGCCACCGCCGGGGCGCCCACCGCGCUACCCUCCUACCCCGCGGCGGAACCGCCCGGGCCACUGUGGCUGCAGGGUGAACCGCUGCAUUUUUGCUGCCUGGACUUCAGCCUGGAGGAGCUUCAGGGAGAGCCCGGCUGGCGGCUGAACCGCAAGCCCAUCGAGUCCACGCUGGUGGCCUGCUUCAUGACCCUGGUCAUCGUCGUGUGGAGCGUGGCCGCCCUCAUCUGGCCAGUGCCCAUCAUCGCCGGCUUCCUGCCCAACGGCAUGGAGCAGCGCCGGACCACCGCCAGCACCGCCGCCGCAGCCCCCGCCGCGGUGCCCGCGGGGACCACCACCGCCGCCGCCGCCGCAGCCGCCGCCGCGGCCGCCGCCGCCGCGGCCGUCACCUCGGGGGCGGCGACCAAGUGACCCGCCCCGCUCCUCCCCACGUCCGCCCUGUGUCCGCGCUCUCGGUGCCUUUUCCGCCGGGAGACUCGGCCGGCGUGCUUCGUGUGUAGUGACCGUUAGUUCUUCUUUCGGGGAGGGGGCCGCCGGAGAGACCCCAGCCUGUGGUAAAAGCCAGGUCUGUGCCGCGCUUCUGGCUCCUAAAAGCAGAUGAAAGCCCGUGCCCUGCAGGGUGGGAUCCGCAGCCUGGAAGACAAGAGUGGAGGGAAAUGGGGCCCUCUCCCCUCUUUGCGUCCCCCUGCCCUCCUCCCUUCCCGCACCCACGUGCCCUAUAUUCAUGGCAGAAAAUGACCAAAUCCUGUGUAUUUGUUUUAUAUAUUUAAUAACUGUUUUAAAUGGAAGUUUUAGUAAAAAAAAAAAAUCAAAUUGCUAUUGCUGUAGUAAGAGAAGCUCUUUGUAUCUGAACAUAGUAUUUCAAGUUUGUUGUUUUUUUUAAUUUAUUUAAAAAGGGGGGCAUGGGAAUGAUUUAACAUCGAUAUAUUGUUACUGCUGAAGAUGAACUUUAUGACCCUUUUCCAAGACGAUCUAUCCAGUGACGUGGACAGAUGGGCGUUUCUUCUUGUACUUCUGUGGUUUUUUUGGCUUUUAAUACAGACUUUUUCCUCCAGA